UGUUUUGAAUGUUUUCGCGCUGAAAAAAAGACGCAUUGUUUUUGUAAGAUGGCGUCCGAAGUGGUGCACAAAAUGACCAGUAACGGGAGUGGAAAUCAUUUUAAACAGAACUUCGUUUAUGUAUUUGAUAGAAGAACUGGUGAUAAACCUGGAUUAAAACUGGAAUUUAGCGAUUUCACAACAUAUGAAGCUUUAUUAACCAACUUAAAACUCAAAUUUAAAAUUGGUGAGGAUGAGAGUUUUGCUGUAGUGAAUACUGAAAGAGUGCCCAUAAACAGUGAUGAAACACUUGAUAAGGUUGUGGAAAAUGGCAAUACUUUAUAUAUACUUACAUCUCUUGAUCAAGAACUCUCUGCUCCAGUUCGAGAACAUGUCCAAUUUCUUCCACAUUAUGAUACCCUUACAAAAAGUGGAAUGUAUGAAUACUAUGCAAGUGAGGGACAAGAUCCAUUGCCCUUUGCAUUUGCUGAACUUAUUGAUAAUGCAUUGUAUGCAACAGCUAACAAUUCAGGCCCAAGGAGAAUUGAGAUAAGACUGAUGUUUGACGAUACAACUAAUCGAAAUUCUGUUUGCAUUUUGGACAAUGGUAGAGGAAUGACAUCUAAAGACCUGAAUGAAUGGGCGAUAUACAGACUUUCAAAGUUUAACCGACGCUGGAGAAAUAAACAAUUCAUUGAAAAGAACAAGGAUGAUGUUGAAGAAAUGCCACGAUCAUUGAAUAGUGAUAUAAGUUAUUUUGGUGUUGGAGGAAAGCAAGCUAUUUUUUUUAUAGGGAAUGCUACAAGAAUGAUUAGUAAAAGUAGGCAGUCAAAAGAUGUGCAUGAAAUGAUUUUGUCAAAAGAUGAUUUUGAAUCAAAAGAACGAAAUAAAGAAGCGAUUUAUACUGGAAGUAUCUACAACAGAAGGGUUGGUGAUGCUUGCCAUGUGAAUACCGAUGACGAGAACUUGCGAAAAUUGAUAUUAGAAGAAGGAGAACAUGAUAGUUUUACAAAUGUUUUUAUAACUGGUGUUAAACCAUCUCAUGUUGCGUACAUGAAAAGUCAUUUUGAAAUAUGGUGCACAGAAUUAGCUCACAUCUAUCAUUACUAUCUUCAUGGUCCCUAUGGUAACGUGAAGCAGCCUGGCAAUGGCAACACCUCAAAUUUUCAAAAAAUAGACCUACAAGUUUCUCUAUUUGAGCGUGGAAAACCACCCAAACAUAUUUCCUUAAAAGACGUUGAUGAUGAUGUGCAAACUUUAUAUAUUCGGUCUGCUGCUUCAACAUUUGAUUUUAAAGCGCAUGUUAAUGGUGCUCAAGUGGAAGGACAACUACGAUAUCACCCUUUUUUAUAUGAUAAGGAAACAUAUCCCACUGCUGCAGAUGUUGGUGCUCCUGACAGCAUUGGUGAUGAGGAUAUGAUUAUUGAAGAUAGCCGUGCACCACGUGGAAACAUACCAAUUUUUGAAUGUUUUUGGAAUGGUAGAUUGAUACCGUAUACAAAUAUCAAAAGUCUUGAGUGGUGUGAAAAUCCUAGAAAGAGAACAGCACUACCUAUUGAAUGUUACAACAGAUUUUCUGGAGUUUUGUGGACAAAUGAUUCAUUUCAAGUGAGCACAAACAAGUUGACGUUUAUAGACCUUGAGACGAAACUACGAGAGAAAGACACUCUCUAUAACAGAGUCAUCUUAGGCCAGGAGCAACGUUUACAGAUUUCGAAAGCCUUUUUUGACUGGAUCAAGAAUUCCCAUGAAACUUUUGAUAAACAAAUACGUUUUUUUGGUUUAAAAGGCCAGACUAAACGCAGUGACCUCUCUGCUAGAAAAAAUCAAGACUUAUGGACAUUAUUCUCUGGUAUUGAAUGGCACGGUAAAACAUUUCAAGAGGGAAAACUGGUACGAACAUUUAAAACCAAUCCAGUCAUAAUUGGAACAAUUAAACAAUUUUUAUUACAUGGCGAAUACGAGUCAGAUGAAGUGUAUGGCACAGGAGGAGAAGUUGAAAUUAUUCAGGAACCAACAUCCUUGUAUGGACAAAAAAGAAUAUUUCCACUGGCUAAGUUGGAUUUAUUGUUCAAUCAAAAUGAAGCAGCUGACUUUAUCAGUAAAGAAGAGUUAAAACUACCAUCAAAGCUGGUCAUUGAUUGGCCUGAAGGUAAUGAACUGAAAACAAAUUCUGAUGUACCUGCUGGCUCCACUAUAGGUGCCAUGAAGGUUGAUAUUAAGAAUGGUAAAGGCGAAUCCAUUCAUAAAAUACCAGGUGACAGAGGAAAGCGUUUGCUGGUAGAAUUAAAAGUUGUUUGGCAUUCUGAAAAGAGUGGAAACAAAGUUAUUAUACAACAUACAUGUCAACACGGUGGAAAGAGCUGGCCAUACUGGUUUCGCAAAAUGGAGAACACAGUCAAUCUUGGAAAGCACACCUUAUCAUUAAAUGUUGUUCUUGCUGACUCAUCAAUUUUAUCAUCCUCAAAGUCAUUACCCAAGGAGAUUAUCAAGUUUAAUGUAAUAGAGGGUUCUCCUUUUAAGUUUGUUAUUGCGCAAAUUGAAGCACCUUUACGUAUUGGAGUUCCAUUUCAGAUUCUGUUAAAACUAGUCGAUUAUUAUGGUAACACAACAAAACCUGGUAAAGACAGAGAAACUCCAACCCUAGCAUCAAAUGGUGACAUAACAUAUUCUCACUCUGGCUUUUCAAUAAGAGGCUCGCUGUUGGCCAUAAAAGACGUAGUUGCCCAUGGUUCACUCGGCUCUAGUAGUGGAAAGGAUUUUAACAUGAAAAUAGUUAUACCGGAUUUAGAUGAAAAUACACAAACUACAAAAUUACGUUUUCUUCCAGGCUUACCAGCAAAGUUGGAUGUAAAGCCUCUUAAUGAAGUGAUUAAAAUAGAAAAUGGUGGCACUAUCAAUAUGGCUGUCGAAAUUAAAGAUAUUGCUGGAAAUAUUACAUUUCAACCUAGAUUAAAUGUGGUUUGCAAGCUAACUGGAUCACCUGGUCUUCCUUCUUUUAUGGUGGAUUGUAGUUCUACUGGGAAAGGUUCUUUAAUCAGUCCGAAAAUUGACAUAGAAAAGAUCCGUGAAAAUGUUGUGAUUGAAGCAAAGAUUGAUUUGCAACACUGCAAAUCAGUUGAUCCAGUUGUUAGGACGGUUCAUGUAAGUCCAAGUACUCGCCCUGCUCGCUUUCAACUGUUCUACUUGCCUCAUGACUCAGGUACACCAUUGCGGAUACAAAACGACGAAGAGUUAUGUUGCAAAGCAGGAAACCUAAUUACUGGAAUCACAUACAGAAUGUUGGAUGAAGGAAAUAGAUUGAUCAACAUUGACACAAGCAUUUCUUCAAAAAUCAAAGUCAACUGGGCUGCCAAACUAUCUAAGGAUCAACUGAAGCUUGGAAAUUUACCUGAUAUCAAAACACCUACGAGCACUGAUGAAACGAAAUACUGUCAAAUCUUAUACAAUGGUGUGAAGUCUGUCAAUUUGUCUUUUAUUGUCAGAACAAUUCCAAAUAAUGCUCAAAUAUUGUCAUGUUCCUGUUCAGAAAACAAAAUUUUGCCAAAUGAGAAAGCUGAAAGAAUCGUUGAACUUAAUAUCACAGACAAACAUGGAAAUUCGCUUGAUAUAUCAAAUGUCGACUUAUCAAAGUUUGAAGUCAGUGGAGAUGGAUUAGGUGUUUCAUCUCUACCCAAAGUGUUAUCUAAGGAUGGAAAACUUCUUAUGAAUGUGCAAUUUGAUGACAUUACUCCUGGAUUUCGUGAGAUAAAUGUCAAAUAUGGAGCGCUUGAAACCUACCAACGGCUAGAAAUUAAAUCAGGGCCAGCAACAAACAUUAAACUGGUGAAUUUUGAUAAUACUGAGCCUAUAACCUUAUUUAAUGGUCGUGCAUGGAGUAAUCCUAUCACAAUGCAGCUAAUAGAUGCUCAGGGUUAUUCUUGUAAUGAAUCAAAUAUUCGUGUCGUUCUUGGUAAAGAUGGAAAUAUAAAGCUUACUCCAGCCAAUCUAACCACAAAACGAACAGACAACAAAGGACAAGUAACUUUCAAAGAUUUCACUGUGUCUACACCAGCGUGUCAAGGGAUGUUUGAGUUGGUCCCGAAAGCUAUUAUUGGAAAAAACACUGUGACUGGUCCGACGAUCACUUUUGAAGUCCAACCUGACCCAUUCAAACCUAUAUCUGUUGAAAUGGAAUUCAAUGGUACAGCUGUCCAAGCUGGUGGAGCACUGCCAGUAAUUGAAUCAUAUGUGGUAGCUGAAGACAAAAGUCCUAUGUCGAAUGUUAAAGCGAGGGAGAUGGUGCUAAAACUGGUUCCUCAUAAUACAAGCCAGCUUAGAAAGGAAUUCACAUACCUACCAUCCAAAACCAUUGAACUAGACAAAGUUAAUCAUUUUUAUUUUAGAAAUGUCACAGCUCCUGAAAAAAUAGGUCGCUACUCUUUGACAGUGCAAUAUGUUGGCAAGGGCGGUGCCACAGCCGUUCUUCAGGCUAAUCCGAUUAUAGUGGACAUAUUAGCAAGUGAUCCGUUGUAUUUGGUGCCAUUGAACAAUCUCCCGACACCAACUGUUUCAAACGUAAAUAAACUUUCAAGUCGAACGCUGCUGAAGAAUGUUACAUUGCAUUUAUUGGAUGCGUAUAAAAAUAAAUCUGGCGAAAAUUGGUCUGGUGAAGUUAUCGUUGCUGUCAGAAGAGAAGGGAAGACGCCGUUGUUAAACAAUAAUCAAACUACAGUAAAGUUUCCUGUAGUGAAAGGAGAAUGUAUGAUAGACCUUUUGACAGUUCCAGCGAAUGCAGAAGGACGUAACGGACAAGAAUAUGUUCUAAAAUUCAACUUUGAGUUGGAUAGCAAACAAAGACAUAACGUGGCACCGUAUAAUCUUCCUUUUGUUUUUUUUAAUGACGCACAGAAACACCUACAGAUGUCUCAGCUAGUUAAAGAGAGAGAUUCGUUAGUCCAAAACAUCACGACAUACAAAACAUUUUUUUCCACUACUAGACAACUAACGCAGGAAAUGAAAGUUGCAGUUGAUGAGGCAGCUAAACAAGAAAUGAAAUUGCGAUCAGAGGUUUUUGCAGCACUGCAAAGCAAAAUAACGAAUAAGUUAGAUACGGUGGAAAAGAUAGAUCGUUUUUUUAUCGAGCUAAAUAAUUGCAAGAACGAAAUAAAUCGCAAACCUCGCCGCGAGUGCAAACUUCAGCCAGCACGGCGUGACCCACUUGUGUUGGGAAAAGUAGCUCACCUAGCAGAGGUAAAAGAUGAUGAUGUCGCGAGGGUAUUGUCAUGGCAUAUGGCGGGCGACAUGGAUUGUAUAGUUACCAUGACGACUGAGAAGGCUCAACAAAUUUAUAAGGAAUCGCGAGGGAAUUUACAAGUGUUGCCAUUGGACUCAAUUUAUAAGAAAAAUAUCACAGACGUUUCUAGACCGUUACCACAUCAAAGAAUUCGUAACAAUACUUGGACGCCAACUGGAAAUCCAAUCUAUGCAAGAAAUUUGUUGUCUUUUAAAGCUGAUGCACAGUGUUGCAAUACAGUGUUUGGAAUGCUGCUUGGUGAUCUGAUUAUUAUGGAUGAUCUUGAAUCGGCAAAUAACUAUCGCCUUCAUGUAGUAAAAGCUGUAUAUUGUCCUACUAUUCUGACAAGAAGUGGUGAUAGACUGCGUAGUAAUGGAAAAUUUGGCGGCUUAUCCAACAAAGCGCCUGUUCUCGAGAGACUUCACGGAGCUGUUUUUGCUGCACCGCUGAACACUGAGGUGAAUCGUAUUGAGAAGUGUCUAGAUUUGCUUCAGGGUUUAAAAGCUGCUGUGGAAAACCACGCAAAAGCAAGCGAAGAGCUCGCGUACCAAAUCAGAGAUGGAGAAUCUCAAGAAAUGCAAUCCAAGCGUGUAGAAUGUGAUGAAUCUGAAAAGCAACUCAAAGAAAUUGAACGACGCCUUGGUAUGACGCCGUCAAGAUUUGAAUCCGACGGCAUUCUGACGACGAAGAGUGGGGUGUCGUCAAAGUUGGAGUCACCUGAUACGCGGCGCGCCUCUAAAAGGCCUACAGGCGUAUCUACGCCCACUAUAAGCCCGUCGAAAAAAAUCAAACAGUCGCCCAAAUCUACCCCCAGAACACGACGAAGCAAAUAAGUUGAAGUUUUACCAGCGGGGAAAGUAGGAGUGUGGUUUUAAGAGUUCCUUUAAAUUUUGUACAUUUUGUAUAUAUUAUUAACAACUUAAAAUCUUCAUACGUAAAGACAGUUUUAGGUUCGAAAUAACAUUUUAUCAUUUUAAAUUUUUUUAUAUAUAUUGAUUAGUAAACAAAUGCUGAAUCAAAAUUUUUUUUAUCAUCGUGCUUGCCAAAGAAAAACUCCUUAGACGAUCGCAAGAUUUUUAAUUUUUGUACAUAGUUCCACAUUUUAUUUAUCAUAUGUAGGUACAUUAUCAAGGACAAAAAUCAUCUUUUACAAAA